UACAUAAACCUUUUUUUGGUAUUAUUUCUAUAAUAUUUAUUUAUUUAUAUAUUUCAAGGGGAAAGUGAAAGGAGGAGCCAAAUGGGAAAGUGGUUACACAUAUAAUAUAAGUCUUAUAAAUUUAUAGGUAUUUUGUUAUUUUCAUGAUCUCUUCCAAAUUCUUCUCUCUUUAUCUAUCUCCAUCUUUAUCUCUCUAUAUAUAUCUAUCUAUCAAUCUAGAAGUUUGAGUGAAAGAAAGAGAAAGAGGGUCUCUUUGAAUCGUUCUUUCAAUCUAGGCUUGUAAGGUCUCCUCUUGAAAGAGAGCUAGUGAUUUCAAUCCAUUUUUGAUUUGUUUUUUUUUUUUUUUUGUUUUUUGUUUUUGAUCUUCUUCGUCAAAAGAGAGAAAAAGAAAGAAAGAAAGAAGAAAUAUGUUUGAGGAUCAUCAAGGGAUGGCAGCUGCUGCUGCUGGAGCCACAACACAAAUGGGAUUUCUUCCAUUUUCAAUAGCAGCAACUGCAGCUCCAAACUUGAACUUUACUAACAACAGUAAUAAUUCUUCUUCUUCGUUGGAUUGCCAUCAAUCUCUCAAAAAUUUCUCUAUUCCUCCUUCACUUUCAUCUCAUCAUCAUAAUAAUAAUAAUCUCUCUGGAACCCUACUUUCUCCUUCUUCACCUCAUGCUACUGACCAUUUCGGAGGCCCCCAACUCCUUUCAUUGCAAAGGUCAUCUGCAAAUCUCUGGGCGUAUGGAGAUGUAAACGAGUGCUAUAACAACAAGAGAAUGGUUCAAGAUCAUCAUUUGGGUGUCACCGCCAUGAAGAUGAAGAAAAUAAAAACCAGAAGGAAGGUUAGAGAGCCUAGAUUUUGCUUCAAAACCAUGAGCGAAGUUGAUGUUCUUGAUGAUGGAUAUAAGUGGAGAAAAUAUGGCCAGAAAGUGGUAAAAAAUACUCAACACCCCAGGAGCUAUUAUCGGUGUACGCAGGAUAACUGCCGAGUAAAGAAGCGGGUGGAGAGAUUAGCAGAGGAUCCAAGAAUGGUGAUAACAACAUACGAAGGAAGACACGUACAUUCGCCGUCGCAUGAUCAAGAAGAUUCACAAUCGCCAUCGCAGCUGAAUAACUUCUUCUGGUAGAAGAACAACAAUAAUGUAUAAUGUUUAAGAAGAAGCAAUGUGAUUGUGUACGUACAAUCUCUUCUCUGACCUCUUUUCUCUGUUGGCUUUUCUUAGUUUUCUUCUGUAACUGAUGAUGACAUAAAAUAGCGUUGGAAGAGCCGGAAAAAUAACAGAGCUUUAUAUGCUUGUUUGUACAUUGCUGUGUUAAUUUUUUCCGGCCCUUCCAUAACGUCGCUCUCUGCAUGAAUUAUAUAAAAGAACACUGGCACUUCCAAGUUCA